AUGUUGCAUCAACUCAUCAAGCACCUGCGCUUGGUCGGUCUGCUGUUAGCUGCUGUGGCUGGUCUCCUCGUGGCAUUACUAGCAGUCCACCAAUUCGUGCUCCCCGUCGUCGGCUGGAUCUUCCCCUCGCUGGAGUCAACAUUCUUUGAUCUCGCCGUCUAUGGUGGUUACCCGCAGAGGAUCUAUGUUUCACACAACUUGACUUCACCAGACUUGCAACAAGUAAAAUGGGACGACAAGUGCGACAAUGGAUUUAUCUUUAUCUCUCCCCAGGGCAAAUCAGUCGAACACCCUGGCCCUAUGAUCCUAGAUGCGAGAGGAAACCUUGUGUGGCAGACAGACCAAUACGGACAGGCCAUGAACUUGAAAGUCCAGGAGUACAAGGGUGAGAAAUACCUAACCUUCUGGGCUGGUCUCCGAGGAUCGAGCUUUGGCUAUGGAAACUACUACAUGCUCGACUCUUCGUACCAAGAAAGAUAUCAAGUGUCUGCCGUCGGUAAAGGCCUCAAGGGCGACCUCCACGAAUUCACCGUAACGAAAGAUGGCUCGGCACUCAUCACUGUCUACAACGUAACACAAACCGACAUGACUGCUAUGCGAAGGCCGGUGGAUGGCUGGAUCAACAACAACUUGUUCCAAGAGAUUGACAUCGAGACUGGCAAGCUGCUGUUUGAGUGGAAUGCGCUGGACUACUUCUCCAUCAUGGACUCGUUCUACACCCACCCGCUGGCCGGAUACUGGGAGUCGAUUCCCUACGACUGGUUCCAUAUCAACAGCGUUGAAAAGGACGACAACGGCGACUACCUCAUCUCAUCCCGUCACCUCAAUUCGCUAAUCAAGGUCAAUGGCACCACUGGCGAUGUUGUCUGGACUCUUGGAGGAAAGCAAAACAUAUUCAAGGAUAUCUCAGAUGGUGAUGCCACGACUUUCAGCUGGCAGCACGACGGUCGCUGGCUGGAUCAGGAUCAGGGCACUCUCACCCUUUUCGACAACAGCGAUGCUGGUCCUCUCCACCUCGACGCUUCCUACUCCACCGCACGCAUGAUCCAAAUCAACACCACCGACAACACCGCAAAACUCAUACAUAAAUACAUCUCUGACAGACACACUCGCGCUGCAUCCCAGGGCUCCGUCCAAGUCCUUCCUGCCACAAAUACUGUUUUCGUGGGUUGGGGACACUCGCCAGUUUUCUCCGAAUUCGACAUGGACGGCACGUUGAUCUGCGAAGCUCACUACGGCGCACAAUACAUCUCACACUACGGGCGCGUAACUUCCUACCGCUCGCUCAAGGCCGACUGGGUGGGUGCGCCUAUUGAGCCCCCAAGGGCAAAAACACAAGCAGGAAAACUAUACGCAUCCUGGAGCGGCGCCACAGAAGUCGCAACAUGGACGUUGCAAUCCGCCGAUUCCUCGGCCGACGCCGAAUUCACCGAUGUGGAUGUAGCCGACAAGGUGGCUUUCGAAACCUCUUUCCUACUGCCUGACGAAAGCUCAGGAAUCCAGUAUCGUGUGGUAGCCUCCGAUGAGGAGGGCAAUAUUCUCGGAACAUCCGCUGUUGCAACUGAAGAUACAACGGCAAUCGCAACAAGUGUGUGGAGUGUGUUGCUCCCACUUGGAGGCAUCUUUGGCGUGCUGGUAGGCUUCUGGGCUGUCAGACGCUUUAGAAAGGGCGAGCGUGUCCUGCCUAGGUGGAAGAAGGGGGAGAGUGGUUACUCGCACAAGUAUAGCCCCUUGUGA